CCUUCCCUCUUACCGUCUUCUUCCUCAUUUUAAAGAACGCUCGUCGUCCUCGAUCCUCAUCCAAAGACCCGCUUGUCCUCUUUGUAAACAGGUCAACCCAUCAACGUAUAUCUCAAAAUGGAUCGACCCAGAUUCGUGAUCGACUCCGCCGAAGCCGAAGAAAUGGCCGAACAAUUAGGCCAAACCGUGCUCCAACUCCUCCGGUCGUUGGUCAAAUCCGCCCAGAUCCUAGCCCGACCGCCAAUCUCCAAAUUCCACGUCGGAGCCAUCGGAAUGGGAUCGUCUGGUCGGAUCUUUUUCGGAGUCAAUCUUGAAUUCCCAGGUCUUCCCCUCAACCAAUCCGUCCACGCCGAGCAAUUCCUGAUCGCCAACCUUUCCCUCAAUGCGGAACCGUGUCUUAAGUACCUCGCCGUCUCCGCCGCCCCUUGCGGACAUUGCCGCCAAUUCCUCCAAGAGCUCCGUGGCGCCCCCGAUGUCAAGAUCCUCAUUACUUCGUCCGAAGACGAAAAAGAAAACGAAAUGAACAAUUUUAACGAUAAAGACCAAGAAUUUACUCCUCUGUCCCAUUUUUUACCUCACAGGUUCGGCCCGGACGAUUUGCUACACAAAGACGUCCCUCUUCUCCUGGAGCCUCACCGAAACGGCUUCUCGUUUUGUGACGAUUUGCGCAACGGAAAAAUCAACGGUGGCGAUGACGUAAAACACGCGGCUCUUGAAGCGGCCAAUAUGUCACACGCGCCGUACAGCGGGUGUCCAUCUGGAGUGGCAUUACUGGACGUUGAAGGGAAGAUAUAUAAAGGGUCUUACAUGGAAUCAGCGGCCUAUAACCCCAGCUUGCCGCCGGCUCAAGCGGCGCUCGUGGCUUACGUGGCAAGCAGUGGCGGAGAAGGCUAUGAGAGGAUUGUUGGGGCGGUUCUGAUGGAGAAAGAGGAUGCCAUUAUUAAACAAGAACACACUUCAAGGCUGCUUUUGCAAUGUAUUUCGCCAAAGUGUGAGUUUAAAGUGUUUCAUUGUACGAAAAACUAGUUCAAAAAAAUCGAGUUCCGAGUACAAUCUAUGCUUAUACAAGCAUGUUGGAUCAUUAGA